CUCCAGUAACAUUUCUGAAGAUUUAUCAACAUUUUCAAAGUGAUCUUUGCUUUGCGACAACAGCAAUAUCAACACAAAACUGAAGCGGUGCCCAUAGAAAGAUCUCUUUAUUCCCAGUUGUUUCUCCUAGCAAUGAUAUCGAUCUGAGAAUUUCAUUUUUCAGAGUCUUCUAUGUUUCUCUGUUUUUAUCCUGAGAAAAUCACCCUAGGAUUCUCACCAAAGUCCUCUCUAAAGUUUCAGAUAUGAUCUCAAUAAUGUCUCACAUUGUGCUUAAGAGUGCAGUUUCGCAUCAGAUUCCUCCAAGAGCAAACGAUCUGAGCUGCAUUAUUGUGUCUUUUGUGACUGAGAUGGGAAUUUUAUGAGAAACAUCUUGAAAUUUAACAGAAACAAAUAAGAAACUUAGUACCUUUUAAUGGUAACACUCUUGAAAUACACAAAAUGAAUAAACAGGGUGACAAUGUAUCUGUGCAGAAAAGAAAGAAAGAAAGAAAGAAAGAAAGAAAGAAAGAAAGAAAGAAAGAAAGAAAGAUAGAAAGAAAGAAAGAAAGAAAUCAGUUAAGAGGGGAAUUAAUAUGCUAAUAACUGAGGUGAAUACACAACAGCUCUACUGACCAGACCACUGUCUGCUGGACACACAUUGAGGUAUAAUCCCCCCCCCCCCCACACACACACACUAUCAGCUCUUCUCUUGUGUUAAUGUUAAAGGAAACACUGAUAUUUACUCAAGAGAUUUCAAACCAUCUGUCAGAGAUUCAGAGUAGGCUACGUUUACACAAUAAAAAAACUGAAACGCUUUUCCUUUGCAUUUUUGAAAAGUUUCAAGUACACGCGACAGCUUUAUCAAAACGAUCUGCAUUUACACAGAUCUGGGAAAACAAAUAAAAACGCUGUAUUAUGCAUGCCAGCCCAGUGGAUGGAAAAAUAGUUGAAAAUAUUUGGGUUUGUAUGAGCUCGUUGGACACUGGUGUACACCGGGUAGCUGCUUUUGACACAGCGCUUAAAUAAACAAUGGCACAAACAAGCGUCUCAUGUGCAUUUUGGGUUAAAGGUUUUCCUUAGUUCGUUCCAGUCUGGAUUUAGAGCAUGUCACAGUGCAGAAACUGCUUUGAUAAGAGUUACAAAUGAUCUGCUAUUGGCGUCUGACCGAGGUUGUAUCUCGUUAUUGGUGCUGCUAGACCUUAGUGCUGCAUUCGAUACCAUUGACCACAGCACACUCCUACAUAGACUCGAAAAUUAUGUCGGCGUUAAAGGAAUAGCUUUGAAAUGGUUUAAAUCUUAUUUAUCUGACCGUUUUCAAUUUGUAGCAAUAAACAAUGAGGUGUCACGCAAAUCGCAAGUCCAGUACGGUGUACCACAGGGCUCAGUCUUAGGGCCUCUGCUCUUCGCAUUAUACAUGCUACCUCUAGGAGAUAUAAUAAAGCGACACGGAGUUAGCUUUCACUGUUAUGCUGAUGAUACUCAACUUUAUAUUUCCUCGAAGCCUCAUGAAACACAGCAGUUCCAUCGAAUAAUGGAAUGCAUAGUCGAUAUAAAAAACUGGAUGAGUAACAACUUUUUAUUACUGAACUCGGACAAAACGGAAGUGUUACUUAUUGGACCGAAAACUGCUAUAAGUAACAACCAAGAAUACUGUUUAACUAUUGACGGAUGUUCCAUAAAACCCUCGUCGUCAGCAAAGAAUCUUGGCGUUCUAUUCGAUAGUAAUCUGUCAUUUGAGAGCCACGUCGCCAACACCUGUAAAAUUGCGUUUUUCCAUCUUAAGAAUAUAUCUAAACUACGUCAUAUGCUGUCAAUCUCAGAUGCAGAGAAGUUAAUUCAUGCAUUCAUGACAUCAAGACUAGAUUACUGUAAUGCACUGUUAGGUGGUUGCCCUGCAGGCUUAUUACAAAAACUCCAAUUGGUCCAAAACGCGGCAGCUCGAGUUCUUACACGUACAAAAAAGUAUGAACAUAUUAGCCCGGUUCUGUCAACCUUGCACUGGUUACCUAUAAAGCAUCGCGUUAACUUUAAAAUCUUGCUUAUUACCUAUAAAGCCUUACAUGGUUUAGCUCCUCAGUACUUGAAUGAACUCCUUUUGUAUUACAGUCCUUCACGUGCAUUACGCUCUCAGGCGUCCUGUCAGUUGGUAAUACCUAGAAUUUCAAAAUCAAGUGCAGGUGGUAGAUCCUUUUCCUAUCUAGCGCCUAAACUUUGGAAUAGUCUUCCCUGCACUGUCCGGGAGGCAGACACACUCUGUCAGUUUAAAUCUAGACUAAAGACGCAUCUUUUUAAUCUUGCAUACACUACUCUUCCAUAAUAUAAAUCUUCUGAGGGUUUAGGCUGCAUUAGUUAGAUCAACCGGAACCAAAAACACAACUGAUGUACUUGUUGCAUCAAAGAGUACAGAACAGUACUCUACUCUCAGCCAGUCUUGUCUCAUUGUUCCAAGGUUACCACAGCGAGCAGGAUGCAGUUCAUGGCCUGACCUGAUGGUAGAGCGGAGAAUGGGAAGUGGGGACCUGACAAGAGCUGAGAUGAUAGAGCUGGAUAAAGAAGGACGCGGUCUCUUGACAUGUCUUCACCACAAAACUUCAAAUGCUAUUAGAUUAUUAAUGAUAAUCUUAAACUAUAAUUUAUUUUAUUAUUAAGUUUAUUUAUUUUAUUUAGCCUUGUUGUGCAGGCUCUCUGGAGCUUGUGCAGAGGCAGCAGCUUUUGCCAGAGGGGAACUGGAAUCCCCUGGUUGGGCCUGGGUUCUCCUGAGUUUUUUUUUUCUCGAUUAGAGUUUUGGGUUCCUCGCCACCUUUUGCAUACUGUUUUUGCACUAUUUGCCUGGCCGGGGGUGCUGCUUUAGAAUCUUAAAGUUUUACUUAAUUAAUAUUGCAUAUAGGAAUUUAUAGUCUGUUAUAUUUGACCUGUGCUUCUCUCUCCUUUAUCCUAAAUGUGUGCUCUCACUGAGCGUGUGUGUGUGUGCGUACUUGUCUUUGUACAUGUGUGUGUGUGUGUGUGUGCGCAUCCGUGUGUGUGUGUGUGUGUGUCUAUGUCUCUGUGUGUUAGUACGUGUGCAUAUUGUGUGUGUGGAGUGUUUUGUAUGUGGGUAUGUCUGUCUUCUGUGUUUUCAACUUUUUCUUGUUUUUGCAGGUACAACUUAAAUUAUUUUGCUUAUAGUCAAUAUGUCUCAUGUACAGCUGCUUUGUAACAAUGAAAAUUGUAAAAAGCGCUAUAUAAAUAAAGUUGAGUUGCUCUAAGUUUGAAUGUUUGUACCCAUUCACUGCGAUGCUGCCCGUUGGACUCUAGCCUUUGUUUCUCAAGAUGGAUUAACCUUUAGAAUUCUGUUUUUGGAAAUUUUUUUAUUUUUGGAUUAUUCCUGAGACUUUCAAGUUCUACCUCCUUACCUUGUGGAAUUAGCUUUUUGACUUUGCGGAUUUACCCUUUUGCCUCUUGGAAUUACCUUUUGACUUUGUGGAGUUAUAUUUUUGCCCUGUGAACUUUACUUCCUUUAUUAAACCUCAUUGCAAGUAUUGCUGUGUCUGCCUUAUCUUCUGGGUUCAACCACCCUCUAGUGGCUCAGUUAACUAAGUGACUGUUUCUCACACCGGAGAUCCGAGUUCGUGCCGUGUCCUGACAGAAACUUAGAGCCAACAUGAACCCAGAAGCAACCAGCACCCAUUAGCUUUUCGCUGAGCCCUGUCUUUUGCCUCCUCAACGAUUCUCAGGUGACCCGAGUUUUUGCAAGGGUUUCUUUACCCAAUGUUCUCUCUCCUUUGAGCUACAACCCUCUUCGUUUCCCACUGACUGGUCAAAGAUUGCAUACAUCAUCACCCUGCUGUCCGGUAAAGCCCCGGCCUGGGCCACUGCUGUGUGGGAUGCCCAAAGCCCCUGCUGCGCCAGUUACAAUGCUUUUUCAGAGGAAUUCAAGCGAGUUUUCCAAGAUUCUGCCAGUGGCCCUGAGUCAGCCAAACAGCUCCUGACUCUCCGACAAGGCCGUCGCAGCGUGAUGGACUAUGCCAUCCAAUUCCGCACGGUUACAGCAUGGAGCGGCUGGAACGAUGAGGCGCUCACGGUGUGCUUCCUGAAGGGUCUCUCCGACUCCAUCCAGGACAAGCUGGCCACACGGGAACCACCAGAUGAUCUCGUGAUCAAGUUGGUCUCGCAUAUAGACAAUUGUCUGAGAGAGAGAGAACUCAACCGUAGACCUCUUGUGCUGCUCCCUACCAGCCCCAGUCCCAAGUCCCCACCUGCGUUCCCACCGGUUCUGCAAGAACCCAUGCAGAUCGGACGCAACGCCCAGGCCGAAAGAGAUCGCCGGAUGAAAGAGCGUUGCUGUCUGUACUGCGGCAAACCGGGCCAUUUCCGCUCUGCAUGUCCCGAGCUCCAGGGAAACACACUGUCCCGUGCAGGCCUGGGGGGACUGUAACGGGAAACAUAACCUCCUCCCGUCCGUCCAACUCCCGUCUGCUCAUUCCAGUCACCCUUACCUGGGACAACCAAGAACUACCCCUUCGAGCUUUGGUAGAUUCUUGAGCCGCAGGAAACUUCAUGGACUACACCUGGGCAAAGAAGAAUGGCGUCCUCUCUGACUCUCUACUCAAUCCCAUGAGGGUCACUACGCUGGAUGGGAGUCCUCUGGGACCUGGUCUAGUCACCCGUGCCACUUCCCCCCUUCGGCUUUCAGUUUCCCAACACCAGGAAGUGAUAAACUUUCACCUCAUCCCAUGUUCCGAGUUCCCUCUCGUCCUAGGUUACCCUUGGCUCCACGACCACAACCCUCACACCGACUGGUCCGUGGGGUCAAUUAGGCAGUGGGGCCCUACGUGUCAAGCCUGUAUCUUCUCGAGUUCCCUUAGCCACCCUCCUGAGACUUUAGAAUCCAUCGACCUGUCCCGAGUGCUACCACUACCUCAAAGUGGUAUUCAGCAAACAGAGGGCCGCCACAUUACCACCCCAUAGACCUUAUGACUGCUCCAUCGACCUGCUUCCGGGCACCUCCCCUCCCAGGGGCCGGAUCUUUUCCCUGGCCCCCCCUGAACUGCUGAACUGGUAAUUAACCAUGUAUUCCGAGUCAUUGGCAUCCCCCAGGAUAUGGUUUCCGACAGAGGCCACCAGUUUUCCUCAAGGUUUUGGAAGGCCUUUUGCCAACUCCUAGUGACCACCGCCAGCCUGUCUUCAGGUUACCAUCCUGAAUCCAAUGGCCAAAUUGAGAGGAUGAACCAAGAGCUGUAAACCACCCUCAGGAAGCAGAAGUUGGAGUACCUUCAGCCCUUAAAUUCAUCAGACGCUGUCGGCUUACAUGGAGGAAGGCCCGUCUCAAUCUUCUGCGCUCCUCUCAGCUGAGCCAAGCCAACUGAUGUCGCCAUCCCGGCCCCACCCUGCGCCCUGGCCAGAGAGUCUGGCUCUCUACUAAGAACUUACCUCUAUGGGUGGAGUCCCGUAAGCUGUCCCAGAAGUACAUCGGGCCCUUUAAGAUUGCCAGGAGAGUAUACUCCGUUACCUACUGCCUGCACUUACCCAGAUCCCUUAAAGUUAAUCCCACGUUCCAUGUUUCUUUACUAAAACCUGUUGUUUUUCCUCCCCUUGUCCGCCCCGUGUCAUUGGGGGCCAGCCUGUUUACACCGUCCUUUGGAUACUGGACUCCCGCCGGGUGCAGCGAUCCUGGCAGUAUCUGGUGGAUUGGGAAGGCUACGGUCCCGAGGAGCGCUCCUGGGUUCCUGCCAAGGACAUACUUGACCCUGACCUAAUUCGACAGUUCAGGGCCCUCCAUCCCGAGAAACCUGGUAGGAACGUCAGGAGCCGUUCCUAGAGGGGGGUUUCUGUCAGCAUCCUGCCUGUUAUUUCCUGUUUUGGCCACCAGAGGCCCCCAUUGUGCUUUUGUUUUAUCCCUGGUUUUCCAUUUGUUUUCGAGUUAUUGUUUGCACCUGUGCCUCGUUUUCCCUGAGUGUAUUUAAACCCUUAGUUUUCUUAGUUCAUUGCUCUAAGUUUGAAUGUUUGUACCCACUCACUGUGAAGCUGCCCGUUGGACUCUAGCCUUUGUUUCUCAAGUUGGAUUAACCUUUGGAAUUCUGUUUUUGGCAAUAAUUUUAUUUUUGGAUUAUUCUUGAGACUCUUUUAAGUUGUACAUCCUUACCUUGUGGAAUUACCUUUUGACUUUGUGGAGUUAUACUUUUGCCCUGUGAACUGUACUUCCCUUAUUAAACCUCAUGGCAAGUAUUGAUGUGUCUGCCUUAUCUUCUGGUUUCAACCAUCCUCUAGUGGCUCAGUUAACUAAGUGACUGUUUCUCACACUGGAAAUCCGAGUUCGUGCCUGGGUCCUGACAACGCAUGCAAAUGAUGUCAUUGUUUUUGGAAAACACUGCCUUCAGAGUUUCAUGGAGACGAUAACGCCGUCUUUUUUUAAAACUUGAAAAGUUUACAUUUUCAGUCCCCCAAAACAGCCAAUAAUGCAUAAAAAUUUUUCAGUUGAAAACCAUCUAAUGUAAACGACCUCUCACAGCGGAUGUUUUAUGUGUAUUCAUUUGAUUGUAAUGUUUAUUUAAUCAUAUGUUGUGUAAUGUAUACUGUAAGAGUGAUAACUAUUGGUCUUUAUCUAUUUGUACAUUUACAGACUGCUUUUCAUGUACACAAUGAUUGUUGGGGGAUGUUUGUUUAACUUAACCAAUAUAGUUUGAUCUAACAUAUUUGUCUGUGUUUCUUGUUCAAACACAAUUUAAAUGUGUAAUACUGACAUAAAUAGGCAACUCUUUGACAUAACUUAUUCCAUUUGUGUUGGGACAACCUGAAUCAUUUUCAUUGACUAACUGAAACUACACAGUGGACUGAGUUCCCAGCAUGCAUUGCCCUUGUGACUGGAUUUAGAUAGUAAAUUUCAAAAUUAAAUGUUAUUUUAUGUGUUUUUGUGCAGGAUGAAAGAUAAGGAGUCUUGUUAGUGUUUAAUGUUCUGUAAUGUUAAAAUUCAUAAGAUUUUCUGUUGUGUGAUUUUUGAGGGGUUACCAUAGUGGCGAAGGGUAAAGGUUUUACUUAGGUUUGGGAUCGGCACAUUUAUGCCAUUUUUGCAUGUUGUUCCCCUUUACCUACAGAUAUGUACUGUAGACGUACAUUAUUGUUACAAUUAGUUACACUGUAAAUUCUGUUUAACUAUGCAGUACAUUGCGGGCCGUAAUCUAAAGCGUUACCCAAAUUUGUACUCUGCAAAUGGUCAUGCAGUAAACUAUCUGGUGCUUUCCUGCUAGCACCAUACAUUACAUCUUGCUUACAUCACUGAAUCAAAUUAAUUACAUUCAACUGAAAUUAAAUAAAAUAAGUUGAUGAUCUUAAACUGGGUGAAUUGUGCGGACAAGUACAUAUUAAAUUUGAAUAAAUAAAUUGUGUGGAAAUGGGUGUCAUAAUAAAAUUAAGUUAAUCCAACAACAAUUUGUUUUGAGUGUACAAAUAAACUUUAGUUGUUCUAGAAUCUUGCCAAUGGCUUCUCUUCUGCAAAAUAACAUGCACACACAUGCUGAAAAUGUUUUGCUGUAAACUGAUGUUAUAUAACUUAUACUUUGUAUAUGAAAAGUCUUUCUAUCUUUAUCUUCAAAGCAAAUAAGUCAUUUCUAGGAUGAUUUCAGUUUAGAGAAAUGUAAAGUUUUAAGCAGUGUGGCGUUCCUCAUUGUGUUGCUUGUUGGUGGCAUCAUGUCCCUUUGUCUCUGCUUAAACUGCUGCAGGUGUGACAUCAUAGUAGUAAGAGAGCAGUACUGUCUCAAGUAUCUAUAUAUUUUCUCUUUUAUACGGAUAAUGUUUCUGUAUGGGUUUUUAUUCAGUUUCUGUAAUAAUGUAAUCGUAUUAUCAAUAAAUAUAUAUAUUUCUAAAUCUAUUGUAAUUAUAACUAAUAUAACUCUAGUAUAAAUCUAUUAUAAUAUAACACAUGCUAUAUGUAAGGGUAAUCCACGGCUAGCCGUGCAUUAAAGGAUUUUAAUGUUUUAUCCUGCUUAUACCAUGGUCAAAGUUUGGAUAUAUUUUUAAGGUGAUAAAACUGUUUUACAGAUGCUGGAGACAUGGCUUUCAAAAGACAGAUUACUAUCAAAUAUAACGCCGAAGUUCUUAGCUGACGAUGAAGGCUUUAUGUAACAUUCAUCGAGAGUUGGUAGCCAUCCAGUUUUUAUAUCUACAGUAUUAUACAUUGUGUCAUAUUGAUGAAUUUAUGCGUUUUGUCGGGCUUGAGGAGAUACAGAGCGGAGUGUCAUCAGCAAAGCACUGAAAACUAACUCUGUGUCUCAGUCUCUGUUUACACGAGACCGUUUUCAACUAAAAACUUUUUAUGCAUUUUGGCUGUUCGUUUAAACGAAAAUGGCAUUUUGGGGGACUGAAAAUGCAAACUUUUGAAAAGGGUCUCAAAGUGCAAGUUUUUGAAAACAACGGCAUUAUCGUUUCUGUGUAAACCCUGCAGGCGGCGUUUUCCAAAAACGAUGAGGUCAUACGCAUGCAUAUUACGCGGUCAGUCUGUAGGCAUGCGGGAGUAUUCCCCAAACAAUAACGACGGCCUCCAUGCUGCAUGUUUGUGCCGCGUGACAUACUUAUUAUCAUUUCUCCAGCAAAAAGUAGAUUAACCGCACCACUACAACCAGCGGAGACAUAGUAUUUAUAUACACAAACAAUUAACAUACAUACACGCCUACAAAGUGUAUUAAAAGCGCUUUUAGAUUAAAACAGUGUAUGUGUGUAGAGUUUCUUUAUAGCGCAACAGCGCCAUCCACUGGCCUGGCAUGUACAAUACAUCAAUUUUAUUCGUUUUCCCGGAUCCAUGUAAAUGGAGAUCGUUUUGAUAACGCUGUCUUGUGUACAUUAAACUUUUCAAAAACCCAAAGGAAAAACUUUUCAGUGUUUUAUCAUGUAAAUGUACUCCUAAUUAUAGCUAGCUCGUAGGGGGUAGAAUGUAUCAUUUGAAAAGCAGAUGGCCUAGAACUGAGCCCUGUGGCACUUCGUACUAAACGGUGUGAUACCUCUUCAUUUACAGCUACAAACUGAAAAUGGUUGGAUGAAUAUGACUGAAACCAUGUCAGAGCUAAGCCACUAAUGCCAACAUAAUUUUGUAGACUAUUUAAAAGGACACUGUGGUCAAUAGUGUCAAAGGCAGCACUAAGGUUUAAUAAAACUAGCAGAGAGAUGUAACCAUGAUCAGAAGACAAAAGCAGAUCGUUUGUGACUUUGAGGAGAGCAGUCUCUGUUAUGGUGUGGUCUGAAUCCUGACUGGAAUUUUUUCUUCUCUUUAGUUUUUCAAAGGAACGUGGCUGCGAGGAGAAAUAAAAUGUAGGUUUGAGAGGUCUAUGAUUAGCUAACUCUCUGGGAUCAAGUUAUGCCUUUUUGAUAAGGGGUAUUAUUUUAGUAAACUAGUCGAUAUAGGAUCUACAUGUUGUCGGUUUCGAUGAUUUUGCACAGUUCUUCCUUGCUUACUGUAUUGAAUAAUUGCAGCAGCUUUUUAAGUGGACUAUAAGACGCUAAUUGAUCAGGUGAAACAUAUGGUUGUGCCAUAAUAAUCUUCUAUUUCAUUCAUUGAUUUCAAUCAUUAAUUUCUCUGAUUUCUGUCACGAAAGUGUUGAGAAGAACCGUGAUGCAGGCAGCCAAUAAGGUGUUAACAAAAGGUUUAUUUUAUAACCAAACAAAAACCCACGAUGGGGUAACAAAACACUAUAACCAAAAAUACUUUCCAAAGGAUAAGCCAAAACUUCCCACAAGGGGGCAAAACGAGAACUACAAUUCAUAAACAAACCCAAACUCACAAAAACGGGCAAGACGAGGCAGGAAUACAAGAACUUCACGAACGAGGUCCGUGAACAAGGAAAGUUAAACAAUGAACCAACGCAGGACAGGAAAAACAAAGGCUUUAAAGGCGCAGUUCUUAAUUAACAGUGGCCACUAGCGUUGUAUUAUAGAUUUGCCACGAAUCGCUCAGUCCAAACACGAUUGUGGCCACCACAGUACAAAAAGAUGUCGUUGUCAUGUUGACGCAGGGAAGAGAUUUUGCGGGCAUUAGAAAGACUGUAGAAAGAGCGAUGACUUACGUAUUACAUCAAAUAAAAGGUUUGAGGAUUUCAAGUAUAAAAGAAGGAUAAAAGUCAGGCAGGAGCUAGGACCUGCGUUAAUAUUAUAAAGUCUUUCCAGCAGAGACGCGUUAGGACCCGCGGUACUGAGGCUUUUAGCAGAUAUGUACUCACAAAUGUACUCUAUGGAGAUACUUUCCAGCAGAGAGACGUUGGAGAGAAAGAUCGUCUAAAAAUCACCUCCGAGGAGGUUGCUUUGAUUCGGAUCAGUACGUGAGUAACAUACUAACAUACCAAGAUAUGUUGUUGUUGUAAUAUUACCUGUGUGACGGAGCAGUUUUGAGCGUCAUUGUUUAUCUGGAACCGCUUUAAUAUUGUACUCGUCCAGAUACUGGAGAGAGAGAGAGAGAGAGAGAGAGAGAGAGAGUGCACUGGAGCUGAAACUGGAGAGCGAGCGAGAGUGCGUUUUAUUCUUUUACUCGAUGAUGAAUAAACUUUCAGUUAAUCCGCGGGUCACAUGUGUUCCGCACUGGAGAGCACGAUCCGUACGGAUCUUCCCGUGAUCCGUUUCACCACGAUACCGCAGCGGAGAGGAAGAGGAAACGCGCGUUGUAGAGUUGUUUGUCCGUUUAGGGCUGCUGUACAAAACAUGGCGGUGAAUUCAAUGUAUGAAGGGCCGCUCUGUAUGUAGAUAUAAACAGCUUAUUCUAAGGUAUUACAAACUUAACGAUUCAUUACGUAAGGUCUUUAUACACCUCUGAAGAAAUAGUUUUUUAUAUUAUAUUGCAUUUCUAUCAAUAGAUCCUCCUAAAAAUGCCGUAUUGUUCCUUUAAAUAGGUGAACACUAACGAGGGAUGAUAAGACAGGGAGGGUGACCGGCAGGUGACAGGGAUCAAACACUAAGGGGAAGCUAACGAGGUAACGAGAGGGCGGGGCUUAGAGACGAGACACCGGAGAGAACAAAUAUUAUGUCAAGGGGACAAUAAUAUGUUUCUCUCCACACAUAACAAGAGGUUCUGCCAUCAGACCAUCAUUUCAAUUUUGGACAUCAUGGCAUUACUCAGUCAAUAUUAAAAAUAUAAAGAUUCUAUUUCACAGAAUGUUCUUUGCAGUGUGACCGGUAAAUAGCCUUAAAGUUUCCUUGCAUGACCUGUAAUUUACAAAAGUUGGCGACAGGGGGCAGUGUGUAUGUGCGUGUGGUUAAAUGCGCAUGCGUCACACGUGAGUUUGAAACGUGCGAGUGCAGUGCGAGAGGGAUGCCUAUGUGUAUGGGAAUUUGCGAGCAAUUUAGAGCAUCCUGCGGUAAAUAAAGUGUUUUAUUUUGCAACAUCAUUUAUAACAAACAUUUCUGAAUGUAUACUGUGCUGUUCAUUUCCUAAAGUAUAUAAUAUAAGUUAGGUUAUGUCGUGGUAUAUAUAAUGUCCGUACAUACUGUAUAUGAUGUCAUACCAUGUGAUGUAAACCUGUUCCGUUUGUGUUUCACAACGUCAUACAUUUAAGUUUACGAUUAUUUUAUUUGAUCUAUUUGUCAUUUGUUUGUGUAAAAGACAGAAUACACAAGGAUAGAUGUAUGCUGACUAUGAACAGUGCAACUGAGGUCUUUAAAAGGUUGUCACUGCCUGUAUGUGGUGAUUGAGUGAGGAGGUCAUCAUUAUGUGAGUGUUUUUGCUUGGUUUUCAUCAUAAUGUGUCUUUAAUUUCUCUCUUAAUUGUACAUUGAUAUAUAUAUAUAUAAAUGUACUCAUGUUGUUGCUUUCUUUGUACAGUAUCCCCACUGCCGUAUUUCUGUCAUAUUCUUUUUUUUUUUUUGAAAUUGUAUAGGACAGGUUGUGUUUUUCUUUGGUUGGUAAGACCACACUUGGUGGGUCAAGAACCAGUUUUUUGUAUUGGCUUGUUGUCCAGAGCUGUGCGUUCUAAAAACACGUUUCUGAACCAUCAUUUCACCUACAACUUAAUAAUUGAAUAAACCACAAAAGAAAAUUGAGCCCGUUAAAUGUGUUCCGAGUGGUAAAUCUAAAUCCCUGGUCACAGCAGUAUGUAGGAAGAUUUUAUGUAGAAAACAGUAUAUCACAAAAAAUGACUUUAGGUUGGUUUUCGCAAACUUAUGAUCAGUGUCAUACAAUUUUGACUGAAAAUAAAAAUGUUAGAGUUAGUUGUAUGUGUGUUGUGGAGUUGUAUGUAUAUUUUAAGCCUGUUAUCUACAUAAUGAACCUGAGACAAUGUCUCUUGAAAUCCUUAGUUAUGUUAUCAUGUCCUAACCAUAUACACAUUUGUGAAUAAAACUUUAACACCACAAUGGUUGCUGUCUUUACUCCAUUAAUGGCUGCAAAAUAUGUCACAUAGUUCCUUUUAUCUUCAAUUUAUGUGGUUAAUUGUUUUAGCCACUUUUAAUUACAACAUUAAACAGAAUAUGACUAAAACAUUGUGAAAGUUUAUGGUUGCUGAUUUUACCAUCUCACCGUGUUUCUAAACGAGCAUGGGAUAUUUUGUGGAAAACUAGUAAUGUUUAUAUUCAAGUUAAUAAAAAACAGUAACGUUAGUUUGUUAUUACUAGCAACUGAGCAAGUGAUAUGGAAUGCCACAGAGCAGUCACAUCUGAACCUUUAUGCAACUAAACAUACAUUUAUACCAGCUAUCGACAGCCUCUCAAAGUGAACAGUAAUACACACAAACACACUUGUUUACUCAUUUAACUGGAAUGCCUGCAAUCAUCAUUGAAUAAAACGCAGUGCUUGAAGUGGAAAAAGGUUCCAGUACUCUUUAAUGCACGUUGGCAUAUGCAAAUUAUGAAAAUGAAUUCAUGAACACCUUGUCUACACCAAGCACGAUAAACGGCUUGUUCUUAUGGGUGUAACUAUAAAUGUAUUAAUUUCUUUCAAUGCUUUAUGUCAGUCAUUAAAUGAUACUUAAUUCUCCACAGAAAUACAAAACUGAAUUUACAUUA